AUGUCACAGCCAUGGGAUUAUAUUGCUAAGCUUGUCUGCAUUGGUGACUCUGGCACCGGCAAAUCCAGCCUCACUGUUCGACUCUGUGAAGGUCGCUUUUCCCCAUCUCACGAUGUCACUAUUGGAGUUGAAUUUGGAUCACGGAUUGUGCCGGUUGGUCCUCCAGCUUCUCUAGAGCUCGAACUCGAUGGACCUGCUCCAGGAUCGUUAUCAGAUGCACCAGAACCAUCCACCUCCGGUCUUCCUACGCCUCCACGGAAACCACAAGGUUUACCCAAUCAAAAGCGGAUGAAGCUAUCUUUAUGGGAUACUGCUGGACAGGAAACAUACAAAUCUAUCACCCGCUCCUAUUUCCGAGGUGCAUCUGGUGCUCUUCUGGUAUUUGAUAUCUCCAGGCGAUCAACCUUUGCAUCAUGUACCCAGUGGCUCCAAGAUCUACGGCAGAUUGCAGAGGAAGGCAUCGUUGUGAUUUUGGUUGGGAACAAAUCCGAUUUGUCGGCUGACUCUGGAUCAAAUCAAAGACAGGUUACCCAGGAGGAGGCCAAAGAAUGGUGCCUCAUGAACAAUGUGGUUCGUUAUGUGGAAACAAGUGCCAAGUCUGGGGACGGUGUUGAGCGCGCGUUCUUGGAAGUUGCUGAAAGAAUCUAUCGUAACAUUGAAACUGGAAGAUACGACCUCAAUGAUCGUCGAAGCGGCGUCAAAGGGUUUGGUGCCUCGGGAGGAUCAAACGCAGGAGUGCCGAGAACCGUGACAUUGGGGAUGGAUGAUGCUAUGCGCAAAGGUGGCAAUAAUUGGGGUGGAGGGUGCUGCUAA